UGCAUGAACAUUCCGCAAUGUUGUGUCCUGAAUACAACUCCAUAUUUGACCUUCUGCAACUUUAUUGUUUUGUCAACGGCGGACAGCGACGAACAACGGUCUGACGCUACUGCUUUGGAAAUGGCGUUGGUGCGGAUAAAUGCGCCGUUAUUUGUAGUCAUUGAGCUCGUUUAGGUCGCUCCAGAUUUUAGAUUUUGGUCCAGUGGGAAAUUUCGGACCUGGCCUUUAUAUUUAACCGUUGCAGAACUGAUAAGUAAAAAUGUGGUAAAGCAAAUUGUUAAUAAUUUACGUUGCAUAAUAAGGCCGCAGGUAGCCCCGAGCUUGCGUGGGGAUUACAACGGCUUCUGAAUGCUUGGCCCUGCCGCAGCUAGAUUUCGGUUUCCUUUUGUAUGCCGGUGGACAUGAAGUGACGUGAGGUGGCAGAGCUUCAGUUUAGUAGUAACAUUACUAAAUAAUUGAUUAAGCUUUUAGUUUGUAUUAACCAAGUAUUUAUAUCAAAAUUCGAUUUUGACAUCUUCCCAUUAAUAAUUUGAUAGUUGGUUCACUCACACUCACUCAUUAUGGCAUCAGUGCCAGUCUACUGCUUGUGUCGCCUGCCAUAUGAUGUGACACGCUUCAUGAUCGAGUGUGACAUUUGUCAAGACUGGUUCCAUGGAAGCUGUGUUGGAGUAGAGGAGGACAAAGCAGCUGAGAUUGACCUGUAUCACUGCCCCAACUGUCAGGUCACACACGGGCCAUCUGUCAUGCGCAAACGACGUGGAGGCAAUAAGCAGACAGAUGGUGGUGGUGCUGCAUUAGGAAGAGAUCCAAGUCGGCCUGUUAAAACGGGGAGCUCGCAGUUUGUUAGGGAGCUACGGAGCCGCACCUUCCCAAGUGCGGAUGAAGUCUUGCUAAAGCCGUCUGGUACCCAGUUGACAGUGGAGUUUCUUGAAGAGCAUUCAUUCAGUGUUCCUGUCAUGGUGCUAAGGCGAGAUGGCCUAGGCAUGACCCUUCCUCCGUCAUCAUUCAGCGUCAGCGAUGUUGAGCACUACAUUGGUGCAGACAAAGAGAUUGAUGUGAUUGAUGUCUCCCGCCAGUGUGAUCUGAAGAUGCGGUUGGGAGACUUUGUAGAAUACUACAACAGCCCCAACAGAGACAGAGUGCUCAACGUUAUCAGCCUGGAGUUCUCUGAGACCAGGCUCUCAAACUUAGUGGAGACUCCAAAGAUUGUGAGGAAGCUGUCAUGGGUGGAAAAUCUCUGGCCUGAAGAGUCUGUUUUUGAACGCCCCAAUGUGCAGAAGUACUGCCUUAUGGGAGUGAAGGAUAGCUACACAGACUUUCACAUCGACUUUGGAGGGACCUCAGUAUGGUACCAUGUCCUGAGGGGUGAGAAAAUCUUCUACCUAAUUUCCCCCACCCCAGCCAAUCUGGCACUUUUUGAGCGGUGGAGUUCCUCAUCUAACCAGAAUGAGAUGUUUUUUGGAGACCAGGUUGAUAUGUGUUACAAGUGCUCUGUCAAACAAGGAAAUACCUUGUUCAUACCAACAGGGUGGAUUCAUGCUGUGCUGACUCCAGUGGACUGCCUGGCCUUUGGAGGAAACUUCUUGCAUAGUCUCAACAUUGACAUGCAGCUGCGGGCAUAUGAAAUAGAGAAGAGAUUAAGCACAGCAGACUUGUUUCGAUUUCCGAACUUUGAGACUGUGUGCUGGUAUGUUGGAAAGCACCUUCUUGAUACCUUUAGAGGUUUGAGAGAAAAUCGCAGACACCCUGCCACUUAUCUGGUUCAUGGAGCUAAGGCCCUCAACAAUGCCUUCCGCAGCUGGACCCGUAAAGAGGCUUUAGCAGAACAUGAAGUGGAGAUUCCAGAAACCAUCAAUACUCAGACACUAGUGAAGGACCUGGCCAAGGAGAUUCGUCUGGUUGAGGACAUCUUUCAACAAAACAUUGGUCGCACUGGACCUCAGUUUCCUGGUUCACCACUCUCUAAAGCUCCCCUGACCACCUCUCAGAGUUCAGGCCGCCCCCCUGGAAAAAAGAAAGGCCCUGAGCCCAAAGAGGUGAUAGGAGGGCUUGGCCUCCCAGGAACCAAGAAGAGUCAGAAAGGGCUACUUAAGGCAGAAGCAGGAGAACUUGACCUUAUUGAGAUUCACACCAAACACACACUGAAGAAAUUUCAACCUGGCAAGUCCAAAAGCAAGAACAAGUUGGAGUUGCCAUUAGAAGAGUUUGAAGGGAAGUUGAAUAAAAGCAAACUGAAACUUGUGUUGACCAAUGGAAAAAUCCAAGGUAAGAAGGAAGGCAGCAGUAAUGGUGCAGGAAAUGCUGGAACUUACAAACAUCUUGCCACGGAGGGAUCCAGUCUGUCUGACUUGGAGUCCGAGGAUGAGCUGCAGAUUGACGAGACCCCUCCUCCACGACGCAAGCCUGCAGGACCCAGCAAGAAAAAGAAACUAAGUGGUCUUCCUAGGAAGCUGCCCAGAGCUAAACCCUGCUCUGACCCCAAUCGCAUCAGGGAACCAGGAGAAGUAGACUUUGACAUUGAGGAGGAUUACACCACAGAUGAAGAGGCACUAGCUGCCCAUGGAGUGAAGGGUGGUGCGGGGGGCAUUCUGGAUUUAUUGAAGGCUAGCAAGCAAGUGGCAGGCUUGGACUCUGUUGCACUCAGUGAGGAAGCCCCAGCCUCCCCCAGCACUCGUGAUGCCAUUCAAGGUAUGCUCUCCAUGGCCAACCCCCCUUCCUCAUCUUCGUCUUCCUCCUCUUCAUCUCCAUUAUCUGUCUCUGGGGGCUUGACAGAGGGAUUAGGAGUGGUCAAGGAAAAGGGCGGCAGGGCUGUGUGGGUUACUGGAGGGGUCAAAAAGACAGGGAGUCAUGAGAAGAAACCUGUCAUUCAGCGGCCAGGAAAACGGCCAAUUAAGCGGCCAGCUCGUCACCUUAGUGAAGAGGAGAGUCCAGAUGAGCAGGAGACUCUGGGAACCUGUUUUAAAGAUUCAGACUAUGUUUACCCAUCCUUGGAGUCUGAUGAGGAGGACCAUGCCAGCAAGGCUAAGACAAAGCGGAAGAAAAACUGGGACGACACACCUUGGAGCCCAAAAGCCAGGGUGAUGCCCACCCUUCCCAAACAAGAUCGACCAGCCAGGGAAGGGGCUAGAGUCGCGUCUGUAGAAACUGGCCUUGCAGCAGCUGCUGCCAAGCUGGCACAACAAGAGCAGCAAAAACCUGCUAAAAGGAAGUACACCAAAAAACAGUGUCUUCCUGCGCCUGUAGACACGACCCCCGCUGUUCAGACUGAGCCAGUCCCACCCUCCCCACCACCUGUUCCAGAGUCUGCAGCAGACUUUAGCCUAGAGAGGAGGGCUGAUUACUACUCAGCUAGUCUGUUGGACCAUGAAUACACAGCAGGACCAGGACCUUUUGGAACUGGAGGCCCUAGAGGCAGCGGUGCCAUGGCCCCCGGUGUAUUUCUCACUUCACGCCGACCUUCCCUGUCUCCCCAGAACAGUAGCUCUCACUCUGUUGCAUCUUCUGCAGGUUUAGCUAACCAAGGCACAACAGGAGCUGGUCAAGGGAAACGUCCAAAGAAAGGACUAGCAACUGCAAAACAGAGACUUGGAAAGAUUCUGAAAAUUCACCGCAAUGGAAAACUUCUCUUGUGAACGAUGUUGGAAAUGUGGCUGAAGACUCACAUGAGAAAGGAGAAAAGGGCUUUUGUGAAAGUAGGUCUGAAGGAAACGGAGGGAGUAAUUUAUAUUUUGCUCUCUAGAUAAAUUAGUUGACCAUUUUCAUGUUAUUGACCAUCACUAUAUGUUGUCCUACACCAGUUACUCCUCCCUGCUAAUUAGCAGCCUGUUUUGGCAUUCUACUUAUCCAUGUCUGUAUAAAGGUAUUUAUAAGGGCACAUCUGCAACUUUAAACAAAUCACUUUAAUGUUUUAGAUAAGCACUUGAUGUGGGGAAUAAUUCUAAAUGAUCACAUAAUUGACAUUGGUAUACAAGGAAAUUGUAGAAAGCAUUUCAAGAUGAAAAGUGGACAUUGAUUUAACAGGCUAGAUAAACUACUGUAAUAAGUUGAUAGUCUGUUUCUUUUAAGCUCUAUUUUAGCAUCUGUGUCUACACAAAAAACAUUUAAAGGCGAAUAAACAACAAAUUACCAUAAAUUGUCAUGUCCAUAUUGCUCCAACUCCCACACAGACAUGUGGAAACAAUCAUGCAUUCGUAGUGUUGCAUUUAAUUGUCGUUUUACCUCAGAACAUUCUGAGCUAAGAUGAUUAUAGGGCACCAAUCUGUGUACAAAGAGUUUAGCAAAAAUCCAGUGCAUCCACAUGAUCAGCAUCACUGUUAAAAAUACUUUUUUUUUUAGGAAUUUGUAAGUUUAUUUUUCUCCAUAUAUUGUCGCUCUACAAACGAUGUAGAAAGAGCUAAACUGAUUCUGAAAGUAACAUCAUACACACAU